GGAAGCCUCGAGCAGCCGGCGCCGUCUCUGCCCCCGGGCGCCCUAUGGCUUGAAGAGCCUGGCCACCCGGCGGCCCCGCUGCGGCGAUGGACCCACUGAACCUGUCCUGGUUCGAGGAUGACCUGGAGAGCCAGAACUGGAGCCGGCCCUUCAACGGGUCGGAAGGAAGGACGGGCAGGCCUCACUACAACUACUACGCCAUGCUGCUCACCCUCCUCAUCUUCGUCAUCGUCUUCGGCAACGUGCUGGUGUGCAUGGCCGUGUCCCGCGAGAAGGCGCUGCAGACCACCACCAACUACCUGAUCGUCAGCCUGGCCGUGGCCGACCUCCUGGUGGCCACGCUCGUCAUGCCCUGGGUCGUCUACUUGGAGGUGGUGGGCGAGUGGAAGUUCAGCAGGAUUCACUGUGACAUCUUUGUCACUCUGGACGUCAUGAUGUGCACGGCGAGCAUCCUGAACCUGUGCGCCAUCAGCAUCGACAGGUACACAGCCGUGGCCAUGCCCAUGCUCUACAACACCCGCUACAGCUCCAAGCGCCGAGUCACUGUCAUGAUCGCCAUCGUCUGGGUCCUGUCUUUUACCAUCUCCUGUCCGCUGCUUUUCGGACUCAACAACACAGACCAGAAUGAGUGCAUAAUCGCCAACCCCGCGUUCGUGGUGUAUUCUUCCAUCGUCUCCUUCUACGUGCCCUUCAUCGUCACCCUGCUGGUCUACAUCAAGAUCUACAUCGUCCUCCGCAGGCGCCGCAAGCGGGUCAACACCAAGCGCAGCAGCCGGGCUUUUAGGGCCAACCUGAAGGCCCCACUCAAGGGCACCUGCACUCACCCCGAGGACAUGAAACUCUGCACCGUUAUCAUCAAGUCCAAUGGGAGGUUCCCAGUGAACAGAAGGAGAGUGGAGGCUGCCCGCCGAGCGCAGGAGCUAGAGAUGGAGAUGCUGUCCAGCACCAGCCCUCCCGAGAGGACCCGGUACAGCCCCAUACCGCCCAGCCACCACCAGCUGACCCUCCCCGACCCGUCCCACCACGGCCUCCACAGCACGGCCGACAGCCCCGCCAAACCAGAGAAGAAUGGGCAUGCCAAAGACCACCCCAAGAUUGCCAAGAUCUUUGAGAUCCAGUCCAUGCCCAACGGCAAAACCCGGACCUCUCUGAAGACCAUGAGCCGCAGGAAGCUCUCCCAGCAGAAGGAGAAGAAAGCCACCCAGAUGCUCGCCAUUGUUCUCGGCGUGUUCAUCAUCUGCUGGCUGCCCUUCUUCAUCACCCACAUCCUGAAUAUACACUGUGAUUGCAACAUCCCGCCCGUCCUGUACAGCGCCUUCACGUGGCUGGGCUAUGUCAACAGCGCCGUGAACCCCAUCAUCUACACGACCUUCAACAUCGAGUUCCGCAAGGCCUUCAUGAAGAUCCUGCAUUGCUGACCCGCUCCCCGCCUCCCUGCCCGGGCCGGCCGGGUCUGCGUUCCUGGGAGCCGCGGAUGGGGGUGACGCAGGGCGGACUCGGCCUUCUCUUCGUCCCCAGCAGGCCCUGCAGUGCUAGCUUGACGCCACGGUGCCAGCCCGAGGGCUGGGCCUCCGGCUCGGGGUGGCUCACAGAGCCCCUCCCGCUCUAGACCCUCUCCCCUUGGCACCAAAGACGCAGCCGCCUUCUCUGACGUUUCUCUGGGGCUCUGGGGGCGCCAGGGCGAGAGGCAGGGCUCAGAGGCUGUGCUUUCUGUGGGGUUUGGCCUGGUCUUUGCAGGCCUGGGCUGGAGCGGGCCAUGGGGACGGAUGGCAGUUCACACCCCACGGGGCCCCUGCCCGGAAGCCGAACUCUAGCCACGGCCCCAGGCCACUUCAGUCCUGGGGGACCCUUGUAAAUACCAGACCACAGGGUGAGCCCCAGAGAAGCCCAAGCCAAAAAUCUUCUCUCAGUCCCUCUCCUGCCCAACGACAGGAGCCUCUAUUUCCACAGCAGGGGUCCCACCCGGCCCCACCCCGCCUCCAGCCAACCAUGUGAUUGCCACACCGCUGAGGGCAGCACCCCUGGGCUUGAAGGGCCCCAGGAAGGUGUGCGGGGAGAGGAAGCCCAGGCUGCUGCAUCCCGACGGACUCGGUGCAUCCCUUCUACAGCAACUGCUAGGCCAACCUGCGGGCGGGCAGGGAAG